UGCCUACCUUACCAAAAAUAAAACUCACAUUUAUAUAAUUUAUAUAAUUCCUUUUUAUGUAUUUUUAUUUUUUACUUAUAAGCCAAUGGCUGACCCUAUAAAUGCGGCCACGAAAAACAUUGACCAAAAUCAACCUCCUAUUCACAUUGUGCCGCAAGACCAAAUUCUGAGUACUAGAAAUCAAUCCACCCCCACGUGUGACACUAAGUCCCCUACUAAGCCCAAAUCCAUCAUGCCGACUAGCUCCUCUGCUGGCUCGGCCAGCCGUCCGGCGACCGGGAAACACCCUGUUUAUCGCGGGAUCCGAAGCCGAAGCGGCAAGUGGGUGUCGGAGAUUCGCGAGCCACGCAAGACCACCCGAAUAUGGCUCGGUACCUUCCAGACACCCGAGAUGGCUGCUGCGGCGUAUGAUGUGGCCGCGUUGGCGCUCAAAGGGAGUGAAGCUGUUAUUAAUUUUCCUAAUCAUGUUCACUGGUAUCCUGUCCCGGGGUCUGCCUCCCCCACCGCGAUACGAAACGCGGCGGGAGCUGCAGCGGCUUUGAUCGGCUCAGAGAGUGCCGAGAGGUCUUUGGUCUCCGCGGCUGAGGUUGAGUACAGUAGAGCGAGUAAUGUGUGUACGGAAAUGGGGGAUCAUGAGUUUAUUGAUGAGGAGGCAUUGUUUGACCCUAAUUUGCUUGCGGAUAUGGCAGAGGGAAUGUUAAUGACUCCACCGAGACUCAAUUCUCCCCCACAACAAAACUCCCCGCCUGAUUAUUAUGAUUCGCUAUGGGGUCAUUUUUAACACUACAGCAUAUUUAAAGAAAUGGUUUGGAGAAAACUAAGAUAAUUAAUCAAGGGUUUUUGACAGGGUUGCACCUUCUUGCUAAAAGAGAGUGGUUUUAUAAAAGAAAACUGAUGGUAAAGAUUUUUGAACCAUGGAUUUUAGGAAAAAAAAACAGAAGGAUGCAUGGAACCUGGAAAAAGGUUUUAGUACGCCAAAGAGUGUUUUCAUAUACAUAUAUUGUGUGCUUGCAUGUGUAAUAGUAUAUCUGAGUCUUUAUAAUAGUAUUUCAUUAUGAUUCAGCUUUACAUA